UCCCCUGCUUGGCUCCACAUUUUAGGGCUGGUGGUCAUUUAAGCAAGCAGCUUCCCUGUGUUGUAAGAGGCCUGGGCAGACUUUGGCCCCUGUGUUUGCAGACCUGUCUCUGGGCCACUGUCAGAAUGGCGGGCUGCGUCCGGCUGCUCCUGCUUCUCCUGGGCCUCCACGGCGUUGAGCCCUCAGUAUUUCUUUCUGCCUCCAAAGCAAGUGACGUUCUGGUAAGAUGGAAGCGUGCUGGCUCCUAUCUUUUGGAAGAGAUCUUUGAGGGAAAUUUGGAAAAGGAAUGUUAUGAAGAAAUUUGUGUCUAUGAAGAAGCAAGAGAAGUAUUUGAAGUUGAUGAGACCACUGAUGAAUUUUGGCAACGUUAUAUGGGUGGCUCCCCAUGCGUCUCCCAGCCCUGCCUCAACAACGGGACCUGCCAGGACAACAUCCGCAGCUACACCUGCACUUGCUCCUCAGGCUAUGAGGGCAAGGACUGCGCCUUCGCUAAAAAUGAAUGUCACCCUUUGAGGACUGAUGGGUGUCAACACUUUUGCCACCCGGGACAGGACUCCUACAUUUGCAGCUGUGCACAGGGGUAUAAACUGGGCCAAGACUACAAAUCGUGCAUCCCACAUGACAAGUGUGCGUGUGGAAUGCUGAAUUCUGAGUGCAUCAGGGCGACACUGAGGAGCUGGCGGAAUCUUCAGAUUUUCCCAUGGCAGGUAAAACUAAUAGAUUCCGAAGGAAAUGACUUCUGUGGUGGUGUUAUAAUAGAGGAAAAUUUUGUGUUGACAACAGCAAAAUGUUCACUGUUACACAGAAAUAUCAGUGUGAAAACCAAUUUUCCUAGAAUGAGCAAGGACCCACUGAUGAUCGAGGUGAAGCGCAUCCAUGUGCACAUGAUGUAUGAGGAGGAGACGGGGGACAAUGACAUUUCGCUCUUGGAGCUGGAGCUGCCCAUCCAGUGCCCAGACAUGGGGCUCCCCAUCUGUAUGCCCGAGCAGGACUUUGCGGAGCGCAUCCUCAUCCCGGGGACACAAGGCCUCCUCAUCGGCUGGACAUCCAACGGCUCUGAGCUGGGCAAUGUGCCAAUGCAGGUGCCGGUCACGCACAUGGACAGCGAGGAGUGUGGCAGAACCCUGAAUGUGACAGUCACAACGAGGACAUACUGUGAGAGGGGAGCGGCAGCUGGAGGGGUGCAGUGGGCGGAAGGGAGCAUGGUUGCCAGAAAACACAAAGGCACCUGGUUCCUAACAGGGAUUCUGUGCUCGGUGCCCACAGCAGAGUAUGGACAGGAGUUUCUUCUCACCAAGGUUUCAAGAUACUCACUCUGGUUUAGACAAAUCAUGAAGUGACUAAACCCAGCUAAGCCUCAAGAAUAAAAGAUGUGGUGGGAUUACACACCUUAACUGCAAGCAUGGAGUUAAAUUAAAAUAUCACAGCAAAACAGCUGUGACUGCCUCAGGACAACCAACUCAGUCUACAAACCAUUAGUAACUGCUUAUGACAGCGAUUUUCAACCGGUAUGCUGCAACAAUUUUUAAAACAUGCAACACCUGGCUACUUUGGUC